AUGAGGAAGUCAAUACAUCCAGGGCAGAUUUGGGAGCAUGGGGAGCUUGCACCGCUCUCAGGGGGCUUUGGGGCGCUGCACUUUCUGGGCACUGUCCCAACAGACUCAAGCAGCAAGGUCCAGCGCUCCCUGAGGAAUGUUGCCGGGUUCUGCUGCAGGCAACAGCCCUCAGCCCCCCGUGGACCCCCCGGUAACCACACCAAGCGGGUGCCACAAACCAAGGCAAAAGAGGCAGCGGGCAACAACUUUGUCCCAAGACCCUCUAUUGUGACCCCUCCCAAGGAUAUCUGGAAUGUGACAGGAGCACAGAUCUACCUGAGCUGUGAAGUCAUGGGCAUCCCAACCCCUGUCCUCAUCUGGAACAAGAUAAUUCGAGGACAGUAUGGUGUCCAGAGAAUGGAGCUUCUGCCUGGGGACCGGGAAAACUUGGCUAUCCAGACCCGAGGGGGCCCUGAGAAACACGAAGUGACUGGCUGGGUGCUCAUAUCUCCUCUAAGCAAAGACGAUGCUGGAGAAUACGAAUGUCACGCAUCAAAUGCCAAAGGAGAGGCAACAGCUUCUGCAAAAAUCCAUGUUGUGGAAACUCUGCAUGAAAUAGCCCUGACCAAAGAUGGUGGUGCAGAGCUGUGAUGCGAUGUGAGGAUUUUCACUUAUGCACAGUUUUAAAAUUAGCAUUUUGGAAAGCUGCAAACUCUGGCUUUUUCUAUCUCACUAAUCAUUCCCUCCUAACUCCCUUACUCUUUGAUUACCAGUUUGCUUGCACACUUCUUUCAUAUAUACACGAAUAAAAAGAUACACAAGUCUGAUUACAAAUUUUAAUUCUAUUUACAGAAAAUAAACACUUUUGAAUAGCAC